UUGGCAAGCCUUUAUCAUAUACAUUAAGCCACACGUCUUGGGUUCAUUUAGCGAAUGCAUUAAAUACUUAAAUUACAAGUCUCUUACUAGAGUAAUACAAGAUUAAAACCCAUCAUAGGUGUUAAUGGUUAGAAAUAGCUAUAGGCACAUAUAAUAUUGUGUGGGAAAUUUUAGCCAUCUUUGCAUGGGGAUAUGCUGUAUGAAACAAAUUAAAAACCCUUUGGGUCAAAGGAUUUUAGGCACCCCACCAGAAAUUACUCAUAUUGCGGAAUUGGUCCAUACAUUAAAAUAAAAAAAAUUAAACAAAAGCUUCAUUAGUCCGUAAGGUCACAUUAGCUGUAUGUAUUAUUAUUCUACAUGGCAAUUAUUGGUUGAUGAAAAUAAGCAGCGGGGAAAUUCAAAUUUCCUCUAUAUAAGCCCUCAAGCUCCUUGAUCGUCAUCACCCCUACUCAGCAAUUUGACAAAGAAAAAGAAACUAACCCUUGUCAUGGCUGGUCUUCGAUCUUUGCUAGUGUGUAUUGUAGUGGUAGCUGCCACUAUUGUAAUUCCAACCUCUGCACAACUAAGUGCUAGUUUCUAUAACAGAGUGUGCCCUCAGGCUCUACCAGCCAUCAGAAGAGUCGUCAAGCAGGCCAUCUUUCGUGAACCGAGAAUCGGAGCCUCUCUGCUGCGCUUGCACUUCCAUGACUGCUUUGUUAAUGGCUGUGAUGGAUCGAUUUUGCUUGAUGACACGUCUAGCUUCACCGGUGAGAAGACUGCCUUCCCAAAUGCGAAUUCAGUCAGGGGAUUCGAUGUGAUCGAUGACAUCAAAAAUGCCGUCGACAAAGCUUGCAAAGGCAGCGUGGUCUCAUGUGCGGACAUAUUGGCAGUUGCAGCUCGUGAUUCUGUAUUUCUUCUGGCAGGGCCUCUUUACCAAGUACAGUUAGGUAGAAGGGAUGCAAGAACUGCAAGCUUGAAUGAUGCAAACAGAAACCUUCCACCUCCAGUUUUCAGCUUCUCACAGCUACUCUCUAACUUCCAAGCUCAUGGGCUGGACCUAACAGACCUAGUUGUGCUCUCAGCUGCCCACACCAUUGGACUUGCUCGAUGCGGCACCUUCCGAGCCAGGAUCUACAAUGACACCAACAUAGACCCCAACUUUGCAGUCUCUGCCCGACAAAACUGCCCAUCAAGUGGAGGCGAUGACAACACAGAGCCCCUGGAUGCAACUACGAGGAGAUUCGAUACCGUCUACUUUAAGUCCUUGCUGCAACAAAAGGGUCUCCUCCAUUCCGAUCAAGAGCUCUAUAAAAAUAAUGGCACUGAUAGUGAUAAGCUGGUGCUGAAAUACAGCAGGAACCCAUUUGCUUUUGCAAGAGACUUUUCGGCAUCCAUGAUCAAGAUGGGUAGCAUCAAGCCUCUUACUGGGAAUGAUGGAGAAGUGAGAUUGAACUGCAGGAAAAUCAAUUAGUGUGUGGUCAUGAUCAUUUAAUGUUCAUUAUCACGUUAUGUACCCAAAAAAAGGGGACUAUUUUAGAAGAAUAAAGAUAGAUUCUCUUUGUCCAAGUUCUUUUCCAUAAUUUUCAGAGCAAAAAAAAAAAAGUUCUUUUCCACAAUUGAUACAGAACAUGCAGGUGCAUGGGAUUUUAAAGUUUCAGAUUCAACUGUUGAUUAUAAAUAUGCUUCGUGGUUACAGUGCUUAAUUCCGCUUUUAUAUUAACCCUAAAUGGGUAUUUGUAUUUUUUCUUGUACUAAUCUUUAUGGCUAAUAGUCUUUGUGCUUGAUUUAUAAA